AUGACGGCCUCAAUAACGGUCACGGAUUUGGUGGAGGAGUUGUCUGCGGAGAACCGCAAACUCGUGGACGGAUUGUCUGUUUGGCAGAAAUGCGUGGAAUUGGUCCACAAUUACAAGAAGUGCUUAACGGAUGUGAACGGCGUGUGUGUCUCGCGAGACAUCGAUGGCUAUCAGGAGAUCGUCCAGGAGUUGCACCAACAGUACGACCGACUCAUGCCUGACAUCGACACCGCCUUUCGGUCGCUGGAAGACAGCCAACAGAAACGACAACUCAUGGCCGCCGACUCUGGAGGUGACGGCGAUUGCGAUGACAAGCAGUCGGUCCGCGAGACUGGUCUCAGGACUUCGAGGAAACCCAAGAGAUUUAAAGAGUCCGACGAAGAGAUUAGCGAUUACUGUCCGGACGGCGAUAACGGUUCCGACGCCGAAGAGGACGACAAAGAGAAACCAGCGGUUAAUAUGAAGUUUUUGGCCGAAGACGACUGUCUCGUCGAGGAGGACGGACUCAUUGUCACCAAACGUGAUCCAAACAAUGGUCUCAUUCUGGUGGUCCAAUUGAACAACACGUCCGGUCAGGCGCUGGGCUAUCGGUGCAAUUGGAGUGACUGUCAGUUCGUGUCGGUGUCCAAAGACAAGACGGCGGACCACUUGCGCACUGUUCACAACCGGACGGGACAUUUCGUGUGCCAUAAGUGCCCGAAGACUUUCGUGUCCNACAAGACGGCGGACCACUUGCGCACUGUUCACAACCGGACGGGACAUUUCGUGUGCCAUAAGUGCCCGAAGACUUUCGUGUCCCACAAGGAGAUCAACGCCCACGUGAUCGACAAGCACUCCAACCAAUACAAGUGUCAGCACAAGGGCUGCAAUUACAAGACCCGCCAUCGGAAGCACCUCAACGAACACAACCGGCGCCACACCGGUGUCCGGCCCUAUCCCUGUCUGGUCGUCGGCUGUGGCAAACGGUUCAUCACACGACAGGAGCUCCGGAGGCAUAACAAUGGCGUUCAUAACUCGCAGACGUUUGUGUGCGAAUGGCCCGGUUGUGAGCUCACCUUUCGCACCAACAAAGCCAUAGAGACCCAUAAGGCCACCCAUUAUAUGGUUUAA